AUGACCAACCAAUUCAGCUUCGAGGUCAGGGUGGGAUUGGUUUUCAUAGUCGUAGCGUCUUUCGUGUCAGCACUUGCCGUCGGUGGCGUAUUGCUCUACAUUGUCUAUAGCGCCGUUACCAUCAAACGAAAUGCCUCGCGAAGGUGGUCAACCGACACGCAUAUACACUAUUACUUCCUCCAUUUGAUGGUUUUUGACCUUAUCCAAACCAUGGGUGGGUUACUCAGCAUCAAGUGGAUCGUAGAAGAGAGCGUGUACCCAGGUGCUUUUUGCACCGUUCAAGGUAUUUUCGCUUUCGCUUCACUGGACGCUCGUCUUUUAUCAAGUACAGGUUUCUUCACGCACGCCAUUGCCUUGCACAUACUGCAAGCAUUGGUGCUAGAGUGGAGGUCUCCGCCAAAAUUUGCACUCCUUGUACUGGCAAUAAUCUGGCUCGACAUCCUCAUUCUGGUGGUCGUACCGAACGUGACUCAACACAACAUUUACGGUCCCACUGGGUAUUGGUGUUGGAUUGACAGAAGUACCGCGGAGCAGAUCGGUCUCGAUUAUAUAUGGAUGUGGUUGGCUGCCGUACUGAACAUUAUCUCAUACGUACUCCUUGCACUUGUGACUAAGCGGCCCAUUCUUGUAGAUGGUAACAGAUUCCGCUGGCGGGGAAAGCAGGAGAGAAGCAUCGGAGCGAGGACAUCUACAGAGAGUGUCAAAGCAAUUCAAAUGUUCUUUUACCCCCUGGUAUACAUUAUGGUUGUGCUGCCUGUAUCAGCGGCUCGUUUUGCCCAAUUCGGGGGUCACGACGUUCCGUUUGCGGUGACAAUUUUCACAGACACACUGUUCGCAUUAUCCGGUCUGUUCGACACGAUCUUGUAUGCUUUCACUCGACCAAAGUUGAUGCCACGGCGUAAAACUUCGCGCGAUCCACAGUCAGUGCUCCUAGCGCGUAUUACUACUGGGCGGGUGGCGGACGACCGUUUUCCACAGGAUUACAUGAUGGGGCACGGUAACCUUGUUACAGAAACUGGCCGGUCCGGGCUCCAUGACACAUCAGAAUUUCUACAGUCUCCGAGGUCUGCGAGAAUAUAGCUAACUAUUAUACCACCUUGCCUUUUUUUCAUGGGGCAAAAAUCUUUGGGAAAGUGCACAUCUGUCUUAUGACGGAUUUUUUUUUUUCGUGUCUGUG